AGCUGUAUAACGAAGUUGUAAGGGGUAGCAGCUAUUCUAUUAUCAUCAUUCGAUCGUCAGUUUUAUCGAAUUUAUGAUAAUUAUCAUUCCGUCAUUCGCACUCUAACUGUUGGCCUCCUACACCUUUAUUACGAUCGUUGUCGCUCGCGUCAGUCUGAUCGCCGCCGCACCGGCCGGCCACUCGUCCGCUCGAACUGAUUUGAUAUUCACAUCGCGCUUAACUUUGCGAUCUCAUUCCGUUUUGAAUCGUUCGCCUUGUAGCACACAUAUAUUUAUAUUUAUGGAUUUUGAAUAAAUUUUUGCAAAAUAAGUUUUAUUUUUUUAAUAUUUUAUUUUGUAUGCUUUUAAUUCGAUGAUCUGAUACUCUGAAGUUUAAAAAAAAAAACACCGCGGUUUAAGGGUUUUUACGGAAAAAAAUAAGUAGCUUACGCAUAAUUUUGUUUUUAUUCUACAACAUUUUGAUGGUGAAGAUAUAUUUUUAUGUUUAAAGAAAGUUUUAAGUUUGAUGAAAGUUUGUUUACGAUCCUCAUAAAUUUUUUUUAAAUUGUGAUAAAUUUUCUUUGGAGUGACAUCUCAACUGCGACAAAGGUUCCACUAACUUAAUGGUCCUGUCUUGUGCGUAUUUAAAGGCUUGUACUUAUUCAACAAGUGGAAUUAUGACAUUUUUGUGAUGAAUUAUUAAAAUGUUUCGGUGAAUCAAUAUAAAUCAGAUUUCACUUCUCACGAUUUGUCAUCAUCAUUAGAAGCUCCGCAGUAUCACACGGAAUUUAUAUAUGCAGGGUGAUUCAACUUGUUCAACGUGUGCUGUUGCCGUUGUCGUCGUGUCGUUCGUGAAAUCCCUCCCGUCCGCGUUCGUGUCCAUCCCAGGUCGGUUGCUUAAUUGUUUGGCAGGAGCAAUGAAUUAAAAGACUGCAUCUGUAGCUUGGAUCGUGCGCCAAAAUGAGUAACCCAACUUACAAUGCAGUGCCAAUUAUUCGGGUAGAAGCUUUUGAUGAUAAUGAUAGUACUAUUCCCUACGCCGAUCAGGAUCCCAGUGUCAGCGUGGUUGAUGAUGGCGAAAAUCAAAUUCAAAACACGGAUAUUAUCAUUAAUAUCACGGACACUUCACCGGAAACUGAGGGACCAAUUGUGACAACAAUUCGUGCAGACGAAGAAGAUUCAGCAGCUGUUGGACAGAGACGAAGGAACUUGCGAAAGAAUUCGAUUUCAAUGCCAACGGGCUUGGACUUGGAGCGUUUGCAGCAGUUCCAAGAGAGUGAUGGACUCAACAGCGGGAGCGCAUGUCAAAGUGCUACUGAUGAGAUAUCUGGUUCUGUAACAUUUAGUGUACCCGAAAAGACUGUCACUACUUUUGCCUUCGAUUCACUUGAAGAUGAAAGGACGAGAGGAAAAAGACAUGUAUCACGAGAUAAUUUCCGAAGUAAACGAAGAGGAUCUAUUGCACCAUUACCCUCCUUGAGACUCAACAGCAAAGAAAUGUUGUCCGGCGACUUUGACACGCAAAGUGUCAUGAGCAAUCAAGCUUCAAUUACUAGUAUAAAUUCCAUUGCUAGUUUGUUAAGAGAGAAAAUGCAGGCUGUUCCACAAAUGAUCCGCAAAAAGAAAAACGAAACAAAAGACUAUAAUCUUAAGAUGUUUGUUGUGUCCCUUUUCUUUAUAAUAGUUUUUCUGAUUGGAUAUGCCUACGUGAUGUAUCAUCGCAAAGUACUCACACGUUCCUAUUUUGCAAAAGCAAAAUUUGUUGCGACUGAAAGAGUUUUUCGUAUCAUGAAUAUGGACAACGAAGAACUGAUCUCUGCCAAGCUGGGGGUAACCCUAGGAACCGAAACCAUACCGUUUCCCUGCCUUGAAGAUAAAAUGCUCAACGAUGGAAGUAUUUGCCUGGAGUGGAAUAAUCUGGCGAGAUUGUACAUGCGGUACGAAGAUAGAAAUCAAUUUCGUUGCUAUUCGGUGCACUGGCAAGCUUUGGGUGCUGGGGUAUUUCCGACUGAUUGCUACGAGUUGGCUCCGGACAACGGCCUCUGGUUUGGAGGUGGGCCAGUGAGAAACGUCGAUUGGACUCUGAGUAGAACGGAUUUUCCAUUCUCACCCUUUAUAACUGGUGACAUGAAGGUGCAUCAAUUUGGCAAUACCUUGAAACGAUAUUUCAUCAACUCGCUUGGCAUCAGUCUUCAAAUCGAAGACUCAAAUCCGCUCUAUAUCUCAGCUAAUCAGUCGCAGAACACCUUCUGCCUUCGAGCCAUGAAUGACGACUAUGCCUAUGUGAACCGGCUGACUCAAUAUCCUGAGUUGCAGUACAAAGUGUGUGUCGCUGAUGAUAUGCGAAGUCUUCACAUGCUACGUACGCAACAAAGUCUUUGGGAGAGCCUAAAGGAACAGGACAUCAAAACUCUCCAUUCGAUCAUAGAAGAACCGAUCUAUAAGAUUCCUUUCGACAAUGAGACAUCUUCAUUGAACGAGACCAGCAUUUACAAUUACUCCGAAGAAGUGAUUGCAACAGGCUUCAUGAAGCUCGGGCAUAUUCUGGUCAAUGAAUUUUGGCAGGAGAAUGUUGGAGACUUUACUGUAGACAAAAGUCGUUUUCCCACGUUAAAGGACACAAUCGAAGUUCUUCAUCGGAGGGGUUUCAAGAUUGUUCUAACAGUGCAGCCAUUCAUCAGUACGGACAGUCCAACGUUUAAAGAGGCUGUUCAUAAGAAACUUCUUAUCUACGAACGCCAUUCGGAGAGAAGUAUACCGGCCUUAACCAGAUACAAGAGUUCGUCCAGUGCUGGAGUGGUUGACAUUACCAACAAUGCUUCAAUACCCUGGCUAUUGGAGAAGUUGCAGGCAGUUGUCAAAGAGUACCAGGUCGAUAGCUUUUAUUUGGACUUGGGUACUGGUUAUAAUCUGCCUCACUAUUACCAGUGCAGACAGACCCUCAGAAACCCCGAUAUGUAUGCCAAGUUAUUUACAUCGAGUUUCGAGGGAAUCGGAUUUAUGGGUGUUUCAACAGCAACAGCUGUCCCAAAGCCGCCAGCAUUUCUUAGUGCACCACCAGUGAAUUCAUCGUGGGCGGGUCUGAAGGAAAUCCUCUCGACUGUGCUCAGCUAUGGAGUCAUUGGUUAUCCCUUCAUUCUGCCCGGGGCAAUUGGAGGUGAUUAUUACCUCAACAAGUCUUUGUCGAAAAUGGCUUCCUUCUACUCAUUGCGACAAGCUGAUUUACCUAAUCAGGAGCUCUUCCUAAGAUGGCUUCAACUUAUUACAUUCCUACCUUCCAUGCAAUUUAGUCAUUUGCCGUCCGAAUAUAAGAGUGACUAUGUCACAGAUGUUGCCAAGGAACUUACAAAUGUACGGCACAAGACUGUCAUUCCAUUGUUGAAGAAGUGUCUAUCGGAUUCAUUGAAUGAGGGCUUACCAUUGGUAAGGCCAUUAUGGAUGUUAGACCCUAAUGAUCCCGCGUGUUUGAGUGUUGAUGAUGAAUUUUCCAUUGGAGAGGAGCUGAUUGUUGCACCUGUUCUGGAAGAAGGUGUUUAUGUUCGUGAAGUUUACCUACCUCAAGGUGUUUGGAAAGAUGGCAUUGAUAGUUCACUUCGAAAAGGUAGUCGCUGGAUACACAAUUACAAUGUGCCAAAAGAAAAAAUUGCAUAUUUUGUUAAAUUACCUGACAACACCAGAUUCUAGGUUGUGAAUAGUUUUUUAAAUUAAAAAUUAAAGACAAAAACAAUAAAUAUAUUUAAAAAAAAAAUAAAAAUUAAUUUUUAAGCCACAUAAGCACUAAAUUCAACCUUUUUAAAAAUAAGUUUAUAAAUGUUGUGUAUGUAUGUUUAUUGUUUAACUUUAGAUCGUAAAAAUUAAAAACAAUAAUUAUAAUUUCAACUCAAAACUCCAUUGUGAUCCCACCUCAUUAAAAAUCGAAUAUAAUAAAAUAAAAUAAAAACACUCAACUUUACUUUUAAGAAAA